GCUUUAACACACAUUAUAUAUGAGAACUCUUGAUUUUGAAAGUCGCAAACACUAUCAUACAUCUAUAAUUAUGUAGUUGAUUAUCCGUGUUAGUUUUCGGUGUUUUUGGAUUUUUGGUGAUGUGUAUAGAGCGCAGUAUAUAAAACGCAUAUAGAGAUAUAUAUUAUUGUACGAAUAUUAACUAAUAUAUAGCGGAUAUGUAUGUGUAGUAUGCGAAAGGCAAUUUUAAGUACGACUCCAAGGAUAAAUUCACUUGUGUUGCAAUAUUAACAAAACGAAAUAGUUUAUUUGUAAGUUGUGUAGCGCAUAACGUGAGAAUAGAAGUAACUUACAUAUACCCACACUCACUCACUGACAGACAGACACGCACCCAUUAACCUUAAUUAUAAAUUGUUCGCUGGGAGAGCGCUAAAAAUGUUUCCUAAUCGCAGCGAAAUCGAGGAGAAAUUAACAGAAGCUGAAGAAAACGCUUGGAACGCCCCAAUUAACGUAAACAUUAAAAGCAACAGACAGUAACAAUACUAAAUAGAAACAAUAAUGUACUAUAAAGCAGAUACAAUACAACACUAUAUAUACCUAAAAUAUAUGCCUAUACGACAGAAAUUGGACAACAAAUGAAAUGCAUAUAAAUAUAUAUAUAUAUAUAUAUUAUAUAUAGUAUAUAUUGUACAAGUUACGAGUAAAAUGUAAUUAAAAUUGAUGAAGUAGUAAGCACUAAACAAAAACAAAUAAAUGAGCAGCAAACAACGCGCAGCAUAAGCAUAAAACCUGGUUUUGAGCGAAAUAUUUGAAUGUCCUUUGCAGCUGGUGGAUGGUAUUUCUAGAAAAAACGGUUUCUUUGUUUUGAUUUAAUAUUUUUUUUACAUUAGAAUCUGAUUGCAAAGGAUGCAUACAAGUUUUUUGUACUUGUCCUUUUCAAACCGAUUUACGAAAACAAUGUUUUUAAGUCGUCUUGUUUUGUUCCCUCGAUGAUCAAGACUGAAAAUCUAUUCAAAUCUUUAGAUUGUAUAGAAACAUGACUAAAAAUUAACUCGAAAAAAUAUUUACUUAUAUGGCGAACGAAAAAAGAAAAUAUCUUUAUGAUUAUAGGAAGGUUAUUUUUGUGUACCCUUGUGCACACUGAAUAAUUUUAACAUAUAAGCUAAUUAGAGAACAAAAAUUUUUUUAUUAUACAAAAUAUCUUAAACAGCUUUUUUUGUGCGUACAAAAUUAUAGUACGCUUUGAAAAAAAAAACAUACUCGCCCAUACUUAUAAAAGUUGUCAUAUUAAAGUAGGAAUGUAAUAUAUACUGAUCCAGACAGCUGAUAGAUCCUUACCUGCUUCAAAAACUAUCGUUUCGGCUGACCAUCUCUAUAAGGAUAAGGAAUUUAGGUAGCGCGAAUUCCGCCCGAUUUGCAUGGAAAUCCACCCCUAAAUGACCUUCGGCCUAGGUAGCCAUCAUCUGGCCGUGGCAACGGAGUAGAUUGGUUAGUACUUCAAACACCGCGAUCGAGAAUACACCACCGAUGACAACCGAUACAGCACCCACUGCAGCAUCGCUGCUGCAACUGAACGACGAUGUGCUGGCUUUGAUCGUCCGCCAGCUGAAUGUGUACCAGCAGUACGAGAUCGGCAGGUUGAACAGGCGACUGGAGAGCAUAGUGCAGAUGCUCUGGCGGACCCGGGUGCGCAGUGUUGUCCUGCAGGACGAGAUGUUCCGGCGAUCGGUGACCAGUUCCCGGCACUUCCUGUCCUUCAUCCUGUCGUUGGCGCCGCACAUGGAGCGAUUGAGUUGCCACCAGCUUGAUGUCCGCAGAUUGCGGGUGCUAAGCUCCCACACGUUGGAGGGCGUCCAAUCUCUGGAGUGGCUGGGCGAUGGCAAUCGACGUGGACGCGUUCGCUUCGUGGACGAGGAUGUGCGACUGCUGCGCCGGGUGUUCCCCCAUUUGAGGAGGCUCAAGCUGCGGGGCUGCCAAAUCACCGGAAAGUAUCUGUGCGACCUGGAGCACCUGAGCGAACUGUGUCUGGACGAUUGCCAGUUUCUGGAGUCCCAGCACUUCAGGGAUCUCUUCCGGCAGCUGCGGCUACGCAAAUUCGAUAUUAUGGAGGACUGCGACGAGGUGAACUGCUGCGAUCUCGCUGAUCUGCAACUCUGCCCCACAUUGGAGCACAUUAAAAUUGCCGAUUACCAUUUGUGUAUGGAGUCUGAUAUCACGCAGCAACUGCUGCGCCUGCCACGCCUUCAAAAGCUGUCGAUUUACUCCAAGAACUUUGUCUUCGAUGUCCUGUCGCGUAUAGCGCGACCCAGCAGCCCGCCAGGAUCGGCCAGACUCAUAGAGGCAUUUCGCUUCAGCGGCGUACUGCAUGAUUAUGCGCGGUUUUUCCGAGAGCUGGGAAACCUUAGACAGCUGACGAGAUUGGAGCUCCAUGGCCAGGUGGAGGAGGAGGAGGGUGGUCAGCUGCAGUGCCUGGAGGAUCAGGCGCUGCGACAACUGGCCCAUCAACUGCGUGAGCUGACCGAAUUGCACUUGUGUGGCUAUCAGCUGGAGAGUCCUUUGGGCCUUCUGGAGUUCGUGAUCAAUUGCCGGCAGCUGAGGGUCCUCGACGUCACCCGAUCCCGGUGCCAUGGCGAGUCCUUCGUCCGGAGCUGCAUUGCCAUUCUGGCCAAGCAAAGGUGGCGCAGUCAGCCCCUGGAGCUGUGGAUCCGGCACAGCGACAUCAGUCCAGAAAUAGUUCACACUCCACGCUGCCUGGACAACAUAAAGCUGAUCAAGAUCGAUUCCAAGCAGAUCGGACCCAAUAUGGACUAUUCAGCCGGCGUGCUCAAGUUCAGCUUCGCGAGGUAAUAGAAUCCAUUGUCCACCGAUUGAUGAAAGACUGAAGAAUCUAUAAACUGAUUACCACUGAUUACCACUGAUUACCACAUUAACUGAUGAACUCUGUACUGCUCACAUUAAUUGAAAAGUUUUAAACUGACAUCUUAUUAUCUACAUUUAUUACUUGCGAU